AUGGUUCCUCCAGUCGCAGUCGAAUCUUCUUUGAACUUCAACCACCCAAGUAUUAAGGGAAUCCAAGACCCUUUAGUGCAGCAAUUAUCGCUCAAUAAAGACGUCCUUCUCAGACACAAUGCUCCUCCUCCAACCUUGUACGAGGACGGCUUGUUGGAGAAAGGUACCACCAUUUCUUCCACUGGUGCAUUGAUGGCUUACUCCGGUGAAAAGACCGGUAGAUCUCCAAAGGACAAAAGAAUUGUCGACGAAGAAACCUCCACGCAUAACAUUUGGUGGGGUCCUGUUAACAAGCAAGUUGACGAGUUGACGUGGAAAAUCUCCAGAUCGAGAGCUUUGGACUACUUGAGAACAAGAGAAAAGUUGUUCGUUGUCGAUGCUUUUGCUGGCUGGGAUCCAAAGUACAGAAUCAAGGUUAGAGUCAUUUGUGCUAGAGCCUACCAUGCCUUGUUCAUGACCAACAUGUUGAUCAGACCAACUAAGGAAGAGCUUGAAGACUUCGGUGAGCCUGACUUUACUAUCUACAACGCCGGCCAGUUCCCAGCCAAUAUCCACACCAAGGGUAUGACAUCUUCCACAUCUGUUGAAAUUAACUUCAAGGCUAUGGAAAUGGUGAUUUUGGGUACUGAAUAUGCUGGUGAAAUGAAGAAGGGUAUUUUCACUGUCAUGUUCUACUUGAUGCCAAUUAAGUACAAGAUUUUGACCUUGCACUCUUCUUGUAACCAAGGUGACGAGAAGGGCGAUGUGACAUUGUUCUUUGGCUUGUCAGGUACAGGUAAGACGACCUUGUCAGCUGACCCUAAGAGAAAGUUGAUUGGCGAUGACGAGCACUGUUGGUCUGACAACGGUGUCUUCAACAUUGAAGGUGGUUGUUACGCCAAGUGUUUGGACUUGAGUGCCGAGAAGGAGCCAGAGAUUUUCAACUCCAUCAAGUUCGGUGCCAUCUUGGAAAACGUUGUUUACGACCCAAUUUCGAAGGUUGUGGACUACAGUGACCACAGCAUCACGGAAAACACCAGAUGUGCAUACCCUAUUGACUUCAUUCCUUCCGCCAAGAUUCCAUGUUUGGCUGACAGACACCCAACUAACAUCAUCUUGUUGACAUGUGACGCUUCUGGUGUUUUGCCUCCAGUCUCUAAGUUGACCAACUCGCAAGUCAUGUACCACUUUAUUUCCGGUUACACUUCCAAGAUGGCUGGUACAGAGGAAGGUGUCACUGAACCAGAAGCUACUUUCUCCGCUUGUUUCGGCCAACCUUUCUUGGUUUUGCACCCUAUGAAGUACGCUCAGCAAUUGUCUGACAAGAUCUCUCAACACAAGGCUAACGCCUGGUUGUUGAAUACCGGAUGGGUUGGUUCUUCUGUUUCCAGUGGAGGAAAGAGAUGCUCUUUGAAGUACACUAGAGCCAUCUUGGAUGCUAUUCACAGCGGUGAAUUGGCCAAGGCUGAAUUCGAGACUUUCCCAACUUUCAACUUGAACAUUCCAAAGGCUUGUCCAGGUGUUCCUUCCGAAAUCUUGAACCCAACAUCUGCAUGGACUCAAGGUAAGGACUCGUUCAACAAGGAAGUGAAGUCACUUGCUUCCAAGUUUGCAGAGAACUUUGUCAGAUACGCUGACCAAGCUACCGAGGAGGUGAAGGCUGCUGGUCCAGAGCUUUAA